AGUGCAUCAGUCUGCUGUAUCUGUGAUCUACAAUGAAUGCCAAAUCUGCAAUCAGCAAAGAAAUUUUUGCCCCACAUGAUGAAAGGAUGCUGGGAGCAGUCCAAGUAAAAAGAAGAACAAAAAAAAAGAUUCCUUUCCUAGCUACUGGGGGUCAGGGUGAAUAUUUAACAUACAUCUGCCUGUCAGUGGUAUAUAAAUUCACAGCAAAAGCACAACCUGUGUAUAUACUGUUGACAAACAAGAAACCAGCUCAAGCAUCUAUUACAAAGGUGAAGCAAUUUGAAGGCUCUACAUCUUUUGUCAGGAGAACACAGUGGAUGCUUGAGCAGCUUCGCCAGGUCAAUGGUAUAGACCCUAAUCGGGAUUCCCCAGAAUUUGAUCUACUAUUUGAAAAUGCUUUUGACCAAUGGGUAGCAAGCACAGCUUCAGAAAAGUGCACAUUUUUUCAGGUUCUACAUCACACUUGUCAGCGAUACCUUACAGACAAGAAGCCAGAAUUUAUCAACUGCCAGUCUAAAAUUAUGGGAGGAAACAGCAUACUCCAUUCAGCAGCAGACAGUGUGACAAGUGCAGUACAGAAGGCAAGUCAGGCUUUGAAUGAGCGUGGUGAAAGGCUAGGUCGAGCAGAAGAAAAGACAGAGGAGCUGAAAAACAGUGCUCAGCAGUUUGCAGAAACUGCACACAAGCUUGCCAUGAAGCACAAAUGCUGAGAAUACUGCCCAAACUUGAAAUCUUAACAAGAGAAACUGAAAAGGUUACAUCCAGCAUCUUUUACAGGAGAUCCAGACUUCUGUGUGCUUUUUUCCUUACAGUUCAGUGGAGAUGCAUUCUUUCAGUUUCUGUGCAGGAAAAAGUGUUGCAUUUCUACCUUUUUGACUUUUGUUCCUCUUUUGUAAUAUUGCUACACAGUCCUGCAGUAUUUUCUACCUGUAUUUCAUUUAUUACAGGAGUGAAAGCAAACAGGGGAGCUGGACCAAAUGACAAGCUGAUCAGGAUUAAAAUAGUAAUAUUCUUCCCCAGUUGUACGGAAAAUUAUUUAACUUUUUGUGGAUGUAUGUAUGGAAGUAAAAUCCAAAGAAGGGGUAUACUUUUCAUUUUAUGUAGCAUCAGCAGAAUGAGAAUGUUGGAAUUAUACACCUGGGGUUGUAAGCAGUGGAGAAUGGACUGCUUUGUCCUGAGAAACAGAAAAGCUUGUUUCUUCUACCCGAUGUAGGAAGUUUUGCAUGUGCCAUCACCAGCAUUCACAAGUGCAUAUCUGAAUUUCAUAUCUGCAUUAUACAUAUUCCUGUUUUCACUUCUGGAUUGAUUAUUUGAAUAGUAUAAUGAAACCUACAGAAUGUAUGCUUGAGGUUUCAAAAUUGAGGAGAAAAGUAAGAUUUACAUCAAUGUGAACAUAGCUGUGCCUCAGACACAAUGUAGAAUUCCACAAUCUGGUAAUAACAUUUCAUCAUCUUUUUACCGGUGAUUCUGUGAGUAAAGGCCUAUGUAAAUGAGAAUGCAAAGGCGUGGGAAAAUGGGAAUGCACUAAUUUCCAACACUUCAGAAACUUGCCUGAUUAGAAUGACUUUUGUGUUAGCUAGUGAUCUGAUUUCUAAUACAGAGGCUUUCAUAAAGCAUGUCUUGGUACAUUAAUAUCAUAACUUCUGGUUUGUGUCUGAGUUUUCAAUAUAUAUAUUGUCACUGGAAGGGUGACUCCUUCAUUCUGUAUUCAUUAUAUGCAAUAUAUGCACUGUAUUCUCUUAAAAAAAAAAGGUUACUCUUUUCCUUCACCACUGUUUUCUUAACAUUUUUUUAAGAUCAUCUAAGACACCUUUAGAGUGAAAAGGGGGAGGAUGCUGCACCUUUUUUUUCGUUUCUUUGGCUUUGGGGUUUUUUUAAAACCAUUAAGCUGGAAACAGACAUCCUAGCAGAGGUUUCAGCCUUCAUCUUCAAAAGAUGCCUGCUCUCCAUUUUUUGUCCUCAUCUUACCAGAUUGCUGGCAUUAUAUGAAUGUACUGUAGUUUUCAUUUUCAAUGUAGAAUAAUAUUUUUGCAUUAUAAAUGCCACUUGGAAAAGUCUAAAGUCCUCAGAGCAGUGCUUGUACGGGAGAUAAAAACUUCUGUUAGUAAUUGAGAGUAUUUUAGUUAUUGCAAGCUGAAGUAACUGAAUCUCUUGGAAAUACCCUUUUUGUGAAAAGAUGCUUGGCUUUACAAAAACAUUCUCAUUUGAAUUAAAGACACUAUCUAGUUAACUGAUUGCAUUCAGACUUUACAUCUGGUUUGUUUGGGUUUUUUUCCUGUAAUUUGAACUCUUUUGUGUGAAGCUUUUUAUUGAAUUUCACACUGGGAAUUGAGAGAAGGAGUAAAUCUGUCAUAUCUGUAGCACCAUAGGAUCAUUUAGAUCUGUUUAGCAUCAGCUGUAAAAGUUACUACACCCAGCACUGUCAACUGAAAAAGAAUUUGGCCACAUCUGUUAUAAAUCAGAACAGGCUCAUUAACAACAUGAGUUCUGAAUACUCCAUUGAGCUACAUACAAUUAAUGUUUGCCCUGGAAAAGUCAGUGGCUUUCUGAGCACUUUUCUAAUAACUAUGGGUAUAUCUGAAAAUUAACUAGAAAACCAGUCCCUCAUUAAAUAUUAAACUUCUCCUAGAGACAAAAUGUUAGGCUAUUUUUAAAAAAUAGCUGCAUUAGAAAUGAGUCUGGGAGUCCUCCUUGACCACAUAGCUAUCUUCUGUCAUCAUCCUUUCCACUCUUUUCAUAACUACAUUCUGCUGCUAACCCCACACGUCUUUCUCUUGAGAGAAAGAAGGAAUAGGUUUUGAACUGCUGCCAUCUAGCUGGUCUUCUAAGCUUCUCAGUAAUUUAGAAGAAAUGUCUAAAAUCCAGAUAAACCUGAAAAGAAUGAGUUGUCUAAAUUCAGGUAAAAAAAGCAUAGGUUUUCAGGUGUUUACAUGAAUAUCAGCUGGGCAGGCCAAGGUCACAGUUGCACUGUAAAGUUCCAGACCUUUUGUGAGUUGAACUGUUCUAAAAUACUGCUUUAAUCUCACUGACAGUUUUUCAGCAUUUUUUUUUCUGUUCUCCACUUAAGCGUGUUGUGUUAUGUAUCAUAACUCAGGACUUUAAUACAACCAUCAAGCCAUUUUCUAUGGGAAUUUUGAGUAACCUAGUGUUAUUAAAUGAAGGAAAAGCAAUUUGUCUGUUUACUUUGUUCUUGCUGUUCAUUAAAUGACAAGAUAUGGUAGUUUAUAGAAAAUAAAAUUGAGGUGUGUAAAUGUGUAUCCAAAAUCUUACAUCAUUGCAGUUUCCUUCUGGAACUGGGCUUCUAGUGUAUACAACCUAGUAUUAUUAGAUAGUCAUGUAUAUAACAUAUACUAUAAUUCAGGUUAAUGUUUCAUAUGAAAGAAUGUAUUUGUAAAUUGUAACGACAUCAGUAGUUUUUAAAGUUCUGCAAAGAAUAAAAAUAUUGUUAGGUUUCACUAGUGUACUGCAAACUCUGUCUUAAAAGGCUACUUUUGUGUCUAGCAAAAGUUGUGCAUUAUGUGAAAUAUUAACAAAAACGUGUUCUCUAAAAAGUGAUCUUAAUGGUAGGUAGGUUUUGCUAUAUACCAGAAUCGUAAUACUGGUAAUUGUAAUACUUGCUGGUAUCUGUUGUAACCAGACCCUUGAAAGUUCUCAAAGAUGUAGAAAUUAUUUUGUGCUGUUCUGGGGAAAAAAAAAAGCGGGACCGGCUCUCUUGAGUCAUUUCUGGUAACCCUGUUUUUGUCAUUAAAUACUUUAACUGUGAUGAAAAGAAAA